CCCUCUAGAAAGCGACCCCAAAGCCUCCGUGUCCCCCGUCCCCUCCGCCUCCUCUAUUCCAGGAGGAGCCGCCGCCGCCUCCUCCUAGAGGGAGAGGGAGAAGAGGGAAGGGAGGACGCCGCAGCCGCACCGCCACCCGCCUCCCCCCGAUCGAGCCAGGCUAGGGUCCCCGCACGCCAGGCCGGCGCCAUGGCGGGUUGCUCCAGGGGCUCCCUCCCCACUUGGAUGACCGCCGCCGCCUCGCGGGUCGACCUCACCGGCGGCGCCGUCUCGCCGUCGCACCAGGGCUCCCCCUCCCCGUCCCCCUCGGGCCCCGCGCCGGCCGCUGGGGCGGACCAGGAGCUCGGGAUGUUCGAGCGCGCGCUCUCCGCCGCCGGCGCCGCCUUCGUCUCCGCCAUCAUCGUCAACCCCCUCGACGUCGCCAAGACGAGGUUGCAGGCGCAGGCGGCGGGGGUGCUGUACCACUACCCUCCCCAGGUGGCGGCGCUCGGGCCGGAUGCGAUCCUGUCUGAAUUCAGAUGUUCUCCGUCAUGCACUCGUGGUCACAUAUUCGGAAGCGAGCCUGUUUGCCCUCCUGAUUGCUUCCAGUACAAGGGAACACUUGAUGUAUUCUUGAAAGUAGUUAGACAGGAGGGAUUCAGUAGAUUGUGGAGAGGAACAAAUGCAGGCUUGGCAUUAGCUGUACCAACUGUUGGAAUAUACUUGCCUUGCUAUGAUAUAUUCCGCAACUGGAUUGAGGAUUUCACAAGAAGUAAUGCUCCAGGAUUGACACCAUAUACCCCGCUAGUAGCAGGAUCAGUUGCACGUUCAUUAGCAUGUAUUGCUUGUUCCCCAAUUGAGCUAGCAAGGACACGUAUGCAGGCGUAUAAAGAAUUUCGCCCUGGUGUAAAGCCUCCUGGAAUGUGGAAAACCUUAGUUGGUGUUCUCUCGCCACUUGCAAGUUCGAGUCAGAGUGUACAAAACUACCGUGUUCUGUGGACUGGGGUGGGUGCACAACUUGCUCGGGAUGUUCCUUUCUCUGGUAUAUGCUGGUCAACUCUUGAGCCCAUUCGAAGAAAACUGCUUGGUCUUGUUGGAGAAGAAGGCAAUGCAGCUAGUGUAUUGGGAGCAAACUUUGCUGCUGGCUUUGUAGCAGGUAGUCUUGCUGCUGGUGCUACAUGCCCUCUGGAUGUUGCAAAAACAAGGAGACAGAUAGAGAAGGAUACUGAGAAGGCAAUGAGAAUGACUACACGGCAAACAUUAACUGAGAUAUGGAGGUCUGGAGGCGUGAAAGGUUUGUUCACUGGGGUUGGCCCACGCGUGGCUCGUGCUGGUCCAUCAGUUGGCAUUGUGGUUUCCUUUUAUGAGGUUGUCAAGUAUGCUCUUCAUCAAAGGAACGCCUCAUGACCCAUAUUUGUCGAAAAGACUGAAGUCCCUUCUUGACUCUGUAAAGACAAGACAUACCACUCCCUAGAAAGUACCUCUGGCUACUCCAAGCAUUGGACCAGCAGGGCGAGGUGUCAUUUGGAAAGAUCAGAGUACUCAGCAUCGAGCGCUCAACAAGGCUUUUUCAUGGACGCAGUCCAUUUCAGCCUAAGAUACCGUCUCAGUUUUGGUUUUGGUGGAGCAGGCACCAGUUUUGUCCGGCGGAGCUUUGGACCAUCGUCCAAGCUUAUGUUAUGUUUUGGACAGAGCUGAAGCUGCUUCGUUUAACUUAGGUAGACCCUGUAGUUGGAGGUGUAGUCAGGUUGAUGCUGAUCAAUAAUACCACCAAAACUACAGAAGAAGUUUUGCAUGUUUUAGUCUGGAAAAAAAAGCUUUCCUGUCACGUGACUAGGUCAGCUUUUAAACGUGCUUGUAGUUGCUGGCUUAUAGUUUUUUAUUUAAAACUCUACGUGCACGACCGUGGAUCAACAUGUUUUAUUGGAUUCCGAACUUUAAUAGCUCGUAAUGGUUUCGUAACUUUGGUACU